AUGUCUCGCCCCGAGGACUCCCUCGCGGCCGACGUCCACUAUGACGACAUCGAAGCCCGCAAAUACACAACCUCCUCCCGCAUCCAAAACAUCCAAGCCUCCAUGACCCGCCGCGCCCUCGAGCUGCUCGACCUCAAGUCCCCCUCCUUCAUCCUCGACAUCGGCUGCGGCAGCGGCCUCUCCGGCGAGAUCCUCUCCGCCGUCGACCCCGAAGACGGCGGCCCCCACAUCUGGGUCGGCAUGGACGUCUCCCCCUCCAUGCUCGACAUCGCCCUGCAGCGCGACGUCGAGGGCGACCUCUUGCUCGCCGACAUUGGCCAGGGCGUGCCCUUCCGCGCGGGAACCUUUGACGCUGCCAUUAGUAUUUCGGCGAUUCAGUGGCUUUGCAGCGCAGAGUCGAGCGAGACUUCGCCUACGGGGCGCUUGAACCGCUUUUUCAACGGGUUGUACGCUUCGUUGCGUCGUGGAGGCCGUGCGGCGGCCGUCAAGGCGGGCUUCGGCGCGGGUAUCCUUGAAGACGACCCCGGCACCAAGAACGUCAAGCUAUAUCUCGUCCUUACCGUCGGCAACAACGACAACGAGGGUGGCAACACAGACAUCACGGGCGUCGUGGACGGCAUGGACAACGUCGACGUUUUGGAUGCCAGGAAGAGGCUCAAGGCGAAUAACACCCAGGUCAAAAAGGGCAGCAAGGCAUGGAUUGUCAAGAAAAAGGAACAGAUGGAACGCAAGGGCAAGAUCGUCAAGGCCACAUCCAAAUACACUGGCCGCAAGCGUCGUGUACAAUUUUAA